AUGGCCCGCCACAACAAGGCCGUCAAGUACCGUGACCAACUAUACCUGGUUCACCUUGAGAAGAACUCAACAACUUUUAUGGACCUCCAGGACAUCCGCGUCCUAUUCAACAUAUUGGUGAAGUGGGAGCGGUACAAGCCGGUCAGUCAUGGAGUCACCCAAUGCUCGAACUGCCUGCUGUUCGGACUCGAUGAAGCCAAUCCCAUUUGCGCCAACUGCGGUGCGGAUCACAAAGCUACAAGCAAGGCCUGCCCGAAGCGCACCGAGUACUUCGAGAUCCGGAAGAAAGCAUCGACGAGGAACCAGCCUGGCCGCAAGAAAGUGCCGGAAAUUAAUGACCAGAACUUCCCACCGAUACCUCGACGACCGAUUACAGUGCUGCCACCGCUGACUCGAGUCUACGUGGCUCUAUUCAAACCCCUCCGGGUGUCGCGUCAUCAGUUCAAGAAGGUGCUCAACUGCAUGAAGCUGGUCCGGUCGCUCAAGUACCAGGAGAUCUACGCCCAGGAGAAGGUCACCAAGGUGGACAGCCUUUCGUUGGUCCUGUCGGGGAAGUUGGUGGUUUCCCAGAAUCAAAAGGCGCUGCACAUAGUCUUUCCGCACCAGUUCCUGGAUUCACCCGAGUGGUUCGGAGUGUCUACGGAUGACUACUUCCAGGUGUCAAUUAUGGCCAUGGAAGAGUCCCGGGUCCUGAUCUGGCACCGGGACAAGCUGAAACUGUCAAUUAUGGCGGAACCGUUCCUGCAGGCGGUGUUCGAUCACAUCCUCGGCCGGGACGUCGUCAAGAAGCUGAUGCAGGUGACGCAGGUCAGCGAAACGAUGGCCCAGAGCAAUGGGUACAUCUCGUCCGGCUACGGCGAAGAUGCCGAGGACAAACCGAUGCUGGUGAUGAAGAACAGCAAAUCCAGCGACAACGGAGGCCACGGCCUAACGGCGCUCAUCAACCGGCAGCUGCAGGCCCUGCCUAGGAUAUCCAAAUAUUACUACUGUGCAGCAGCGGACCCGAACGCGUGGCGCCUCGGCCGGAUCGACGAAGCGGACCACGAGACGGCCGUCUAAUAUUAGGCCUGGCGGUGUGCCCCCUACUACCAAGUGGAUCCACUCCGGAGCAUCAUUCCGCUGGACGUGGAUUGGACGCGGCUGGAGGAGCAGAACGGCGGCAACUGAAAAGAGUCGAUUUCGUUCCGACAGGGCGGACACACCGGAACCAGGUUUAGGUCUGAGAAUAAAACAAUAGGAUAUAGUUUGUAAUGUUGCUGCAAAGUUGCGUUUAUUUUUCACACUUAGAUAGUAGAGUAAAGUUCGAAAAAGCUGUGCUUUUAAAUUGAGAAUAGGAUGUAGUUUCGGAAUAUUGGUGCACCGACGAGCGCAACUUACUCACAGUGAAUGUCAGCUUAGUUUCAGCGUUCUGUGUUGUACGGAGGUUUAAUGAUGUGCAAAACAAAUAACUUGGUCCUACUUGAAUGUGAAAGCCUUACUAAAUAGUGAUUUUGAGUUUAACAUAAAAUCUGCUCCGAUCUAUUUAUUGCUUUUCGUCUGCACCUAGAUGGGAAGAUACACCUAGUAAUUUAACAAAUUUCAAUCUAACCAGAAAUGAAGCUGUUGUUUCUCAAUCAAAGGACAUUUAGAACGAAACAAAAACAUGUAAAUAACUGAAUUGCAAAAAAUCAAUUAGAGCAACAAAUUGAAACCAAAAAAUAAAAACAGAACCCCUAUAGGAUAUUGUUGAAGCAGUAAAACAAAAAUAAAAACUCUUGAUGUUUGAGGUUAUUGUGUACAAUACAAACA